UGCCGUGUUACCCACCCCCUUCACUCCUCUUACUCAUUUGGGGGAAUGGCGUCGCUUGUUCUUUGUAAAGUGUGUCUCUUCUUACUCCUAACUAUCGUCGUCGCGCUGCCGGUGGCGGUGCCGAGGAAGAAGUUGCUCCUGCGGCCUUACCUGAAACUGCCGGGCAGGGGUGAUAGUACUGGAAACGUUCCUGGCACGAAGAGCGAUAUCACUACAGUGCUGAACGAGUUAGGCUGUGACUACGACAACAUGUUGACCCUUUUCUACUCCAGCAAAGGCGUGGGAUUCCUUCCAGAAUUUCGCGCCCCUACUCCCGCGUUCGUGCACCUUUACAACGGUAACAUUGAACUUCUAUGGAUGAUAAACAACCAAAUGUGGCUGAAGGAUAUGUGCGAGGAAGGAGUGCUAGCGGAUCUAUCGUCGCUACCCUUCUGUUCUAACCUUGAUACUGAAGAUGCGUUAGAAAAAGGUUUUAUAUCGUCUAUGAGCAGUACCCUUUCGACCCUGGAACUUACUGACAUCAUACAAUUUGCUAGCGAUCUGCAGAAACUUAAGGGAAAGGAGGAAUGUAUGCAUGUCUGUGGAGACAAGUUUAAGAGUGUGUUGUGCAGUGCAUUCACUGAAUUGUCUACUUUUUUAAUGAACCAAGUGAUAAAGCCGGACACCAGAAGCUUUGGUUUAGCUGAAGUGGCACAUUCAGUCGUGUCUGGAGGCUCUGCCCAAGGUACUACGGUGCUGGCUCCAGGGCUUCAACCGGACACGUUUGAACCUGGCCACACCAAACCAUCGGUGCCAAACUCUGGGGCCUUAAAGACAGGUAUAUAUAUGUAUAUAAUGUUCUAUGCUGCAUCUCCUGCAUGCUGUACAGUAUGUUUUAGCAUGCAGUGCACUUUUAAAAUAGCAAUUACAAUUACUAUCAAACGUGCUAAUCCCAGUGUGUGUAUACCAAGUGGCAUUUUGUAUUGGCUGCCAUUUUUGCUAAAUCCAAAAACGUCAAAUUCAUUUUCCCGUGCUCUUUUUGUAUGCGGACUUCACAUUUUAUAUUAUCAUGCCGACCAAUUUUAUAUUAAUGGAUUGCCAUGUAAACGCUACUAUAACAGUGAUUCUGGUAUAGCUGCCAUAAAAUCUGGAAGAUUUAAUUGGCAAUGUUCAUAUAGAAACGUCACAUACAUACAUAUAGGUGUACAACAUACAUUCGCUCACCAAAACUGCACCGCGUCACAUUCAUUUUAGUUGGCGAGCGAAGUGAGCCUACCUAGUUGUUUCAAUGCGGGAAUUUUUUAUGUAAUUUGUUUAUAACUAUCAGUCGGGCUCUGUCACUACCGUAAUGUUCUACGUGACUCUAAAUACGCGCAAAACACACGCGAAAUAUUGAACUGGUUGCGCUCACUCACCAACAAUGCGUUGCAUUCCUCUAGUAUAAAUUUGAUGAUCCUGUAGCAGUCAAGGCUUUCAUUGACAAGUACCUACAGGAAAAUAUAGACCCACAAAUACUUUCAAGAUUUUUCUCCGUUACCUCGCCGACUGACAACAAACAAACCUCUUCACAAACCAUUCCUACUGUGGCGAAAGAUAUUGCUCACGCUGGUAAUGGAAACGUUGACAGUUCUAUGGACACUGCACCUACAACUGAUACGGAAAUUCCUGCAACUAGUAGCAAUGCAACCUCUGUAACAGAACCCCCCGGCCUUGAUGAUGAUGAUGAUGGCAAUGGUUUGGGUGGAGGCAAUAAUUUAUCUCCAUCUCAGCAAGAAGAUGGUGGUGGUGAGAGUGAGGCUAAUGAACAGGAGCUUCCAACCACUGAAGCUAAAGCUAACCAACAAGCCAAAGUGGAAAAUGGCAAACCAGACAGUCUAGGAGAGGGAGAGGGAGAUUAUGAUGAUGAUGAAUCCGGCGGAAGCGGCUACAGCUCCAUUCACUUCUUCAGCAUUAUUCUGGUGUUGGUGGUGUUCACGGCCACUGCCUACCUAUGUGUCUACCACAAGAAAAAGAUCAAAGAAACAAUGAAAGGCUACGUGUCAGACGGCCAGAAGAGAAGAGCACGAGGUUCCUAUAAACCACUCCUGUCUGGAAAGAAGUAGUUAGAUUCUCCACUCCCCGUUAUAAACUCCAACGCCAUAAUGAUAAAACAAAACAUAACUUCCACAUGCAUUUUGUACUGCUGCCAAUAUUUUUACUGUACAGCCAGCAUCACAAGAUUGUACAGAUGUUAUGCUGUGUUCUAAGGUGUGUGACUGUUCUUAUCGACUUGUUGUGUUGAACUGUGCAAAGUAGCCGUCCGUGGGUUUAUUAAUGUACACUUCUUCCUUCAGCUUCCUCUGCCU